AUGGAAAAUCUACUUGAUUUCAGUAAAUCUGUGUUGUUAGAAUUGCCACGUGCUUCUGGUCAUUUUACACAAAAGGACUUCGUUACGGCGUUACAAGACACGGUCGACAGUAAAGAUAUUAUUGGACUUGGACCGCUACAACAAAAAUGGAAAUGGAUAUUAACGUUAAACAACGAGGAGGUAAGAAGUUUAAUCUUGAAUCUCGGAGAAAUCGAAGUAUCGGGUAGUAAAUGCAUCAUUAAACCAGUAAUUGAAGAUCUUGUUGAGGGAAAAGUACACUGGUUACCUCUAGAAGUACCAGAUAGUUAUCUAAGGAGUAUUCUAGAAAAAUUCUGUGAUAAAAUUGAAAUAAGAAAGGAAAAAUCAAACGAGCCGGGCCUAGAACACAUUUUGAGUGGCAAAAGACUGGUCACUCUAAAAUUAAAAAAAGGAUUUAAUGUCGAUAUGCUUCCGCAUACAUUUAUAUUAUGUAAUUUCCCAGCGUUAUUAGUGAUAAAAAAUCGCGUACCGAGAUGCCUAAGAUGUAGUCAAACCGGCCAUAUCAAGAAAAAUUGUUCUACUCCCUUUUGUUCUAAAUGCAAAAAUUUCGGCCAUGACACCUUGCUUUGUGUAGGACCGACCUAUGCCUCGCGCCUGAGGAAAUCUGCAACGGAAAUACAGUACAAAAGCGACGAUAGUAAAAGGGUAGAGACAAAAGAGAAGUUACAGCAAGAAAACAAUGAAACAAAUGGACCGGAAAUAAGUACUGACAAACCCGAAGAAAUAAACAACACGGAAGGGUUCAAGCUAGUACAAACGAAAAAGAAUAAGCGAAAAGGAAGCGAAAGAACCAAAAAUAUUACAAGUAACAAAUUGGCAAACUCGGAAAUUAGUAGCGAUACAAAAUUAAAUAAUACUUGUCGUGACAAGGACCCAAGUAAAAGAAUAAGAAAGACCUCGCUUUCGGACGAGUCGAUAAAAAAUAAUGAACAGUCAAAUAAAGGGAACAGCAUGGAUAUGGAGUAUGAACACUUCGAUAUCAGCGAUGAAGGUUCUCAAAAUUUAUCCAGCUGGGCAGAUAUAAUGACAGAAGACACAGCAGGAGAUAUAGAUACCCCUGCUGAAUAUAAAAUUCAUGAGACUCAAACCUGA